CUCUUGUGCGUAUGACUCUGGAAAGUAUGUAGUAUGCGAUCCAUGAAUAAUCCAUCACCACCCGUGUAUCGAUCGAUCUUGUUAGCUUUUGUCACGAGCUCCCCGCCCGCCCCGGCCAGCCGCUUUCCGUUCCGCCUAGCUUCCACCAAUCAGCAAGCACAAACUCACGAGCCCGGCUCCUACUAGUACCGAGUUAACUUGAUCCCAUUUCAAUUUCGAAGUGCUUCGCGGGAACGAAAACUCCACUCGUCUUCCGGAUGUCGUCAUCGGUUUCUUCGUCGGAGAUGGCGGCGGUGAAGACGUCCUCGAACGGGAUGUGGCAGGGGGACAACCCGCUGCACUUCGCGUUCCCGCUCCUCAUCAUCCAGGCGCUCCUCAUCCUGCUCCUCAGCCGGUUCCUCGCCUUCCUCCUCCGCCCGCUGCGGCAGCCCAAGGUGAUCGCCGAGAUCGUCGCCGGCAUCCUGCUCGGCCCCUCCGCGCUGGGCCGCAACAAGGCCUACCUCCGCACCCUCUUCCCGCCCUGGAGCGCGCCCGUGCUCGAGUCCGCCGCCAGCCUCGGCCUGCUCUUCUUCCUCUUCCUCGUCGGCCUCGAGCUCGACCUCCGCUCCGUCCGCCGCAGCGGCCGCCGGGCCUUCGCCAUCGCGGCCGCCGGGAUCUCGCUCCCCUUCGCGUGCGGCGUGGGGGUCGCCUUCGUCGUCCGCGCCGGCGCGGUCCCCGGCGCCGACCAGGCCGGGUACGCGCCGUUCCUGGUGUUCAUGGGCGUCGCGCUCUCCAUCACCGCGUUCCCCGUGCUGGCCCGGAUCCUGGCCGAGCUCAAGCUCCUCACCACGCCCAUCGGGGAGACGGCGCUCGCCGCGGCCGCGUUCAACGACGUGGCGGCCUGGGUGCUCCUGGCGCUCGCCGUGGCCAUCUCCGCCGACGGCGGCAGCCCGGUGACGUCGCUCUGGGUUCUCCUGUCCGGCGCGGCGUUCGUCGGCGCCUGGAUGGCGGCGGUCAGGCCGCUGAUGUCGUGGGUGGCGCGGCGGGCGGAGUACAGCAACGACGCCGUGUGGGUCGGGUUCACGAUGGCGGGCGUGCUGGCGUCGGGGCUGGCCACGGACAUGAUCGGCAUCCACGCCAUCUUCGGCGCCUUCGUCUUCGGCCUCACCGUGCCCAAGGACGAAGGCGGGUUCGCCGGAAGGGUCACGGAGCGCGUCGAGGACCUGGUGUCGGAGCUGCUCCUGCCGCUCUACUUCGCGUCCAGCGGGCUCAAGACGGACGUGGCCACCAUUUUCAGGGGAGGAGGGAGGGCGUUCGGGGUGGUGGCGCUCGUGAUCGGGACGGCGUGCGCCGGGAAGAUUCUCGGCACGUUUGCCGUGGCCAUGGCGUGCGGGAUGGCGGCCAAGGAGGCUGUCGUGCUGGGUGUGCUGAUGAAUACCAAGGGACUCGUCGAGCUCAUCGUCCUCAACAUCGGCAGAGAACGAAAGGUUCUGAACGAGGAGAUGUUUGCGAUCCUGGUGAUAAUGGCGCUGGUGACCACCUUCAUCACCACGCCGACGGUCAUGGCCAUCUACAAGCCGGCGCGCCGCCGCCUGCACCACCGCAAGCUCCACGGCCCCACCGCUUCCUCCGCCCCCGCCUCCCCCUCCGCCGGUGCCGCCACCGCCAACGCCAAGGAGCUCCGCGUGCUCGCCUGCAUCCACGGCGGGCACGAGGUCCCGGCCCUGAUCAACCUCAUCGAGACCAUCCGGGGCCACACGCAGCCGCGGCGGCUCGUGAAGCUCUACAUCCUCCGCCUCGUGGAGCUCACGGAGCGCACCUCCUCCAUCCUCAUGGCCCGCGCCGCCCGCCGCAACGGCGUGCCGGCCUUCCUCUCGUCCCGGCGUGCUUCCUCCAAUGGCGGCGGCGGGCGCGAGAUGGACGUGGCGUUCGGCACCUACGCGCAGCUGGGCCAUGUCAGCGUCCGGCCCAUGACGGCCGUGUCCGCGCUCCACACGAUGCACGACGACGUGGCCGCCGUCGCCGAGGACAAGCGCGUCUCCCUCGUCGUCCUCCCCUUCCACAAGCGCGCCGGAGGUGGAGGAGGAGAAGAGGAGAGCCUGGGGCCCGAGUGGCGGGCGGUGAACCGGCGGAUCCUGCGGGAGGCGCCGUGCUCCGUGGCCGUGCUCGUGGACCGCGGAUUCGGCGGCGGCGAGCAGGUCAGCUCCGACCAGGUGGCCCACGGCGUCUGCGUCGUCUUCUUCGGCGGCCCCGACGACCGCGAGGCCCUCGAGCUCGCCGGCCGCAUGGCCGAGCACCCCGGCGUCCAGCUCAACGUCGUCCGCUUCCUCGACGGCAGCAAGAAGCCCGCCGAGGUGGUCGCCCUCCGCCCCACCUCCGACGACCAGAUCUACACCUUCUCCGCCGCCGCCACCGCCAACGGCCACAUGGAGAAGGAGAUGGACGAAGUGGCGGUGGCGGAGUUCAGGCAGAGGAUGGGAGCGGCGGUGCGGUUCGAGGAGCGGGUGGUGGCGGGGGACGUGGUGGAGGAGGUGGUGGGGAUCGGGAAGAGCAGGGAGUACGGGCUCGUCGUUGUCGGGAAAGGGCGGCUGCCGAGCUCCAUGGUGGCGGAGCUGGCCGUGCGGCGGCCGGCCGAGCACCCGGAGCUGGGGCCCGUCGGCGACGCGCUGGCGUCCGCGGGGCACGGCGUCGCGGCGUCGGUCCUCGUCGUGCAGCAACACGACGUCAACGCCGCCGACGAGGUGCCCGUCUCCGUCGUCCACAUCGACGCCCACGCCGGCCACGGCGAGCCGUAGGGAGUACUGCUGAUUACUAGUACUAGUACCGACUGGAAUGAUGAUGACGAUGAUAACGACGACGACUGCGUAUCAGCGUAUGGUACUACUAUUUGACACGGAUGUAAUUAAAUGGUUAUAAUAAGCAAAUCUGCCACGAAUAAUCUCUUAGCAGAGCAAUGGCAAAGUGAAUGCAGAGGAUUGCAUAUUGUUCUGCAAAUUGUGUUUUCCCUAAGAGCUCGAUUUCUGAUAACAAAUCCUCGUCCAGCUGAAUUUCUGCAUCA